UAAUUGUACCAACAUGUCAGAAAAUAUGUUUAUUCCUUAUCUUGUCUGGGCAAAGCCUGCUAUCUAGUGGGUGGACAGGGUAGCGCCAUGUUAGAGCGCAAGCAGUGAUUUUCUCCCAGCGUUCAACAGGGAAGGUCCAUUUCUCUGUCUCUCUGUAAUUUCCUUCAUCUGGCGCCCUUGAAAAGGCAUAAUCUACCAUCACAGAGAAAGAUCAUUACCUAACUUCGUUGACGCCCUGCAGACGGAAGACAAACACCUCACUCUGAGGAACCUCCAACAGUGGAAACUACACCUGCAUUGUCUGCAAAUAUGGACAAGAUCAGAAGCACACUGAAGUAGAACUGACGGUCAAUGCUCUGUGCUUUAGAAACUCCACCAGUGUGGCCCAAAGUUUUCUUAGGUGUCCUGAUAGGUUUGAUUCUCCUGAGUGCUGCUGUCUUUGGUGUCUACGAAUACCGCAGAAAUCAGAGGAAGACGAGGGGUGAAGCUCUCCAGGUGGAUACGGUGGAAGUGACACAAUGGGAGAACUCUGUCUGGCUGCCCUGUAAAAUCACUCUUCACUUGCCUGAUGAUGUCACAGUGGAAACACAAAGACAGGAUGAUAUUCUUGUAUCAGAGUAGCCAAAACCAGCCUCUCUUAUGGACCAGCUUUGCAGAGGUUGCAUUAAGAUGAAUGAAGAGCCUCUAUGAACUGGAGACUUCAGUCUGAAACUGAAAGAACUCCAACUUACUGAUCAUGGGGUCUACAUCUGCACUGUCUACAACAAGAGUAAAAAAACUCAUGAGGCAGAAAGUGGUGAUGCUUAGGGUUAGAGGUGAGUGUAAAAGCUGUUUUUCCACAGUCACGAACCACUAUGAAUCAGACAGAAAUCAAGCAUGCUGAGAAGUCAAAGAACCUGCUUGGAGUUUGAUGGAAAAAGAGGAAUUUUCAACCCAUAAGAAAUACUUUGGCAAUGGAUAAUAUUAUUUUAUGUUAUAAAUACAAAUUUUACCAUUGAUUUUACAUUGUUUUAAUAGGAAUGGCAUGAUGGUUAAGAUUUCCACUUUGCAUACACACUUUCCACAAAAGUGUGUAUGCACAGUGUAUAAUUUUGAAAGAAAGUUGCACAGAGAUGAACGAAGAUCCACUGAACACUAAAGACGUCAGUCUGACUCUGAAAGACCUCCACCUCACUGACAGUGGAGUCUAAACCUGCACUGUCUACAUUAAGGACAGAAAAAUCCUGCUUCAGAAAUCAGUGUCACUCAGUGUCAGAGAGCUGAAGUGAGAUUCUGUUGCACACUUUAAUCUUCAGUCAUCAUCAAGACAACAUGAAGACUGCAGCUGUCACACUGCUCUUUGGUGUGUGUGUGCUGCUGCUGUCUGCACUGACUGUUUCUGCAGUCUCUCUGCAUGCUAAACCAGACUCAAAGCAGUUCUUCAGUAAUUGUGGUCAAGUGUCUCUGCGUUGUGUUGACGAUAAACAGACAGCUGAUGGAUGGACAGUGAAGAGGACCACAGGAGGAGUCACUGAGGACUGUGGAUUAGCUGCAGGCUUUGAUCUUGAUGAUUCUCAAUGUAAUCUCAAUUUGUGCAGCCCCUCUGAUGGAGCUUACUUCUGUGAAGCCUCAUCUGGACAGCGUAGCGAUGAAGUUAACAUCACUGUUUCAGAAAAAGGAGUGAUCCUGGAGAUCCCUGCACUUCCUGUGAUAACAGGAAGUGAUGUCACUCUGCGUUGCAGACAAAGCAAUGGUGACACGGUAGCAGCUUACUUCUUCUUCAGUGGACGUCUUCUUGGAUCUAGAUAUAAAGAGCACACCAUCUCCAAUGUGCAGCAGUCUAAUGAGGGUCUGUACUGGUGUGCUACUGAUUUGGCUGGACCAUCUCCUAAAAGCUUCCUGAAGAUCAGAGAUCCUAUAACUGCUUUCAGAUCUUCUGUGGCUCCUCCUCAUCUUGAAACCAUGCGCUCCAGCUCCUCUCUUCCCUCUUCUUCUCAUCCAACCAGCUCUUCCUCACCUCCUCCUCAACCUCCUCCUUCCUCUAUGUCUGUGUUCAGACUUCUCUUCCACCUGCUGGUCUUCUGUCCAUACUUCAUCACAACCGGUCUGCUGCUGUCCAUCUACCUGGACCAGAUCUCCGCCACAUGCUCAGGAAACAGAGUUGUUCUUUCCAUGGAGAUGACCCACCAGGGUGGGCAGAAUGAGGAUGUUGCUGUUGAUGUCACCACUGAGCAUGACUUCUCGGAGUGAUCCAAAUUAAUGUUUCAGUGCAGCAGUGACCUGAAACAUGUCAAUCUUCUUGAAGUCUGAUGAAAAUUUAUGACACGUGAUCAGAGAGAGCGACCAUCUCAUCGGAAGCUUCAGCUUCUUGUUUAUUAGAAGGAAAACGUAAUUCUGGUUUCCUCUUGUUCACUUCCUGUGAAGCCCCCGAAGCUGUUUCAUCAGAGCCUCACUGAAGCUGUUAAUAACUUGUUUUAUAUACUUUACGUCUGUCAUUAAAAACUAUAAAUAAAGAUAUAUUUCCCACAUCCACAAUAUUAAUAAAAUAAAUAUGUAUGAAACAAUAGAAAAAAUAGAGUGGGCCUUUCUGCUUUAUACAGCAUUAUUUUAUGAGUAUAACAUAAGAACAUGAGCAACACCGCCCAUGUCUUCUUUAAAAAGCAACGACAGAGAAACUUUACAGAGACAUGAAAUUAUAGUUUCAUAUGACCGAUAAAUGCAAUCGAAUAAAAACAUUUUAAAAAUCCUGAUAAGCAGAAUUAAAUAAUCAAAACAACCCACAACAGUGUGGACAGAUUUAAUGGAACUUUACUGAGCUACACACUCAUCAGUCAUGUUUAUAUGAAUAUAAAACCAUUUAUGGCUGAAACAUAAAUCAUGCAUGUAUAUCAAAAAUAAAAAUAUUCUGAACAUUUAUCAUUAAUAUAAAAUGAUGAACUGAUAAACUGUUCAAGUCAGCGUCCUGUCUGUAAGACAGUUUGCUGGUGAUUAUUUGGUAAUUGUGUUUUAUGACAUGGAUCUGUUAGCAUCCUACCAGCUAGUUCUUAUAAAACCAUUAACAGCAAAACUGCAUGUAUAAAUCAAACAAAGUAGUUUGUGAAAAAACAGAUGUGAUACAGACAAAAAGUCGCCUAACAGUAGAAAGCACCACUCAGCAGAGGUUUGGCUGGUUCACGAGUCAUUAUGGCACAGUACUGGUUUGGUUUCCAGUGUCUAGAAACCCAACUCAGGGGUGUCACAGACAAACCAUAUGUAAGUUUUCUUAUUUCAUAUUUCAUUCAUACACUAUAUUUUCAACUUAAAAACAUACAUUUAAACUAUUAUACACAGAAUACUAUUUAUAAAGUGCUUUGCAAACAAAUGUCACCUGAUCUUUGGUGCUUAUUUUUAACAGUUGGUUUGUGUUUUUGUGUCUCUCGUCUGAGCAGAAUCCUGAACUGAGAUCAGUAAAUAAAGCUUGUUUCCUCUUA